AUGCCCGAUGUCACCAGGCUAACCAAGCUGGACAUGAAAAAGUGCAGCUUGCCCAGCGACUUGUCGUCGGAGAAUUUCGAUGUCCUGGUCGCUAAGUGCCCAAUGAUCGGAAGUAUCGAUUUGGAGGAAGAGCAAGGAUUUGACGCCAUCGUUUCACUGCAGUCCUUGCCCUACCUGCGAAACAUGCAAUCAGAUUCAGCUAACCUUUGCCUACAGCAUAUCAAAGAGAGUGGGUUUGAGAAUUUGGACAGCUUGGAGCUGGGAGCAGAUGAAAAUGAAAACAUCGUAGCGCUUAUUGCGCUUUGUGCAAGCUCGAAUCUAAGAGCCUUGAGCCUGGAUCACGGAUGCCUGCAGACCGUCAAUGAUGGCAUUGCCUUGGCUCGGCUGCUUGCUGCGAUGGACGUGCUGGAAAGCCUGAGCUUGUACGGAAAUCUUUCAUUCGGCUGGCAAGCAUUUCCAGCAUUUGCAGAAGCUGCCCCGCGUUCAAGGUUAAGAUUCUUGAACUUGGGUGAGUGCGGACUUGCAGGAUGCGAUUCAGGUCGAGCUCUUGCAAGCUUGAUGCAGCAGAUGCCUGAGCUGUGCAGUCUUUGUCUAAGGAAGAACCACCGGCUCCAAAACAGCGGGCUUCUUGCCUUUGCAGAGCGAUUGUCUUGUCAUGGCUCGCUGGCAACAUUGGAUUUGAGCUGCUGCGCUGCAUCCGGACAAGUUGGAACUGGAGCCAUUUUGAACAUCGUGGAAGCUCUCCCUUCCCUCCGGACACUGUCUGUAUCCGGCAACACACAGUUGCAAGAGGAUGCGCUGAGAUCACUUUUGGAUGCUGUGGUCUCAAAGACCGCUGUCCGCUCACUCAGCUUAGCAUCUUGUGGCCUCUCAGCACGGGAUAUGAACUUGCAGGACAUAUUCUUUCCAGACGUAGAAUGUCAGCUAGAAAGCUUGGAUCUCAGUGGCAACAGUGAGAUCGGUGCCCUGGGCCUACAAACUCUCGUGCCGUGGCUGCCCAGCACAAUUCAGCGUCUGGAUUUGGGCGACUGUGGCUUGGAGUCCGUUGCAGGUGGUGCUGCAAUUGCUGCCCUGGUUCGCAAGUGUUCGCAUGAGCAACGAUGA